UGCCCGGCGGUGCGCGUCGGACGGUCGUCCCUCUUCGCUCGAGACCCGCUGCCCCUCCCUGCUGUUCCGUGGUCCACGCCGGCGAUGCGCGCCAGCCGAGCGGUCGGCGACGCGUAGAAGUUAGGAAAGGUCGGGCGGGCACUGGCGCCCGCGAGGCCCCUCGAGUCGGCACGUGCGCCGCGCGCCUACGGACUCCUGGGACUCUCAUCGAGUGCUCGUUCCCCGCCGCGGCAGUGACCCUCGAACCGCCAAGAUGAAGAUCCCGGCCACGGUGCAGGAUGUCGUAUUCAAAGUCCCCGCCCCGCCGAGGGAGAAGAAGCCCAUGAGGAACGUGGUUAAGCCACGUGCUCUAAGAGUGGCGAGGAACUCGAACGACUCUCACGUCCCGUUGGAGAAGGUGGAACCGGAUCGGAAGUUCCACCAGGUCCUGUUCGAUCUGGGCCCGGCCGAUUUGAUCAGGGUCCUGGCGAGCAGCUUGAAGGGCCAGUACCCGAUCGGUUGGUCCGGAUACCCAGGAACCGAGGACCAGGAGCCGAUCUUCCACCGGCGCCUGGCGCCCCCGCGACAGCCGAGCCUCCAGGAGGUCGCCCUGCACUACUACUGGAAGCUAAGGCAGCCCGUGGUGAACGACUCGGACUCCUUUUGCACAAACUUGAACUCAAACUCGGACACCAAACCGAUCAGGAAGCGCGGAACGGCGAGGUGCUCGCGGUGCUUAAAUCACGAAGUGAACAUGCCGCUGAAGGGUCACAAGCGGUACUGCUUCUACAAGUACUGCAUUUGCACAAAAUGUCUGUCGACGGCGGAGAGGCAGGUGAUCAUGGCCGCCGAGACGGCCAAGAGGAGGAACGAGAAGCAGGACAGAGAGAGGGUACUCCUCGACGGAGAGGUCUAUCGGCCGUUCAUCCAGUGGAACGCGAAAAUCUCCUCCAGCCCAUUCAAGUUGGUCAACUUGAACCGCAAAUUGUGUGCCCUGAAAAGGACCAUGGAAAAGAGGAAAAUGAAGACCAAACUCGACAAAAUGCCAACUUCUACGGGACACCCCGGGGCAGAGUUGUUGGGGGCGUGUCCGACGUCCGAAGCUCUACGAAAGUCGCAGGAUCUGUCUCAGAGUCCCGACUCGCUGGGAGCUCGUUUGCAGGCUCAUUCGUCGCUCCCCCAAAGUCCUGGCCCGUUGAUCGUGCCUCUGCAGGAACUGUCUCGGAUGCAGAGUCCUGGCAACCUGAGCGCCUGUUUGGAGAAUCCACCUCAGACCCCGAGUCCGGGCUCGCAGGAGCUGUCGCGGACGCAAAGUCCUGGCACGCUGGGUGCUCCUUUGCAGAGUCCAUCUCAGACAUCGAGUCCGGUUCCGCAGGAUCUGUCGAGGAUACAGAGUCCCGACUCGCUGGGCGCUCGUUUGCAGGCGCUUUCGUCUCACCCCCAAAGUCCCGACCCGUUGAUCGUGCCUCUGCAGGAACUGUCUCGGACGCAGAGUCCUGGCAAACUGAGCGCUCGCUUGAAGAAUCCACCUCAGACCCCGAGUCCGGGCUUGCAGGAUUUGUCACGGGCGCAGAGUCCUGGCACGCUGGGCGCUCCUUUGCAGACGUCGAGUCCCGUUCCGCAGGAUCUGUCUCGGACGCAAAGCCCUGGAUUGCUGCUGGAUCCUCUGCAGAAUCCUGGCUUGCUGGGCAUACCCUUGAAGAACUCGCCUCGGACCCUGAGCCCGGACCCGCAGGACCUGUCCGAUGCGCAAAGUCCUGUCGCGCUGCCCUUGCCUCUACAUGAUCUGUCCCGGACGCAGAGUCCUGGAAAACUUGGCGCUCCAUUGCAAGACCAACCUCAGACCCGAAGUCCCGGUCCGCAGGACCUGUUUCGAACGCAAAGUCCUGGAUCGCUGCUCGAACCUCUGGAGAACCUGUCCGUGACGCAGAAUCCUGCCUUGCUGAAUAUAUGCCUGAAAAGUUCGCUUCGGGCGCAGAGUCCGGACUCGCAGGACCCGUCCGAUGCGCAAAGUCCUGUCACGCUGCCCGCACCUCAACAGGACUUGACUCGGACGAAAAGUCCUGGAUCGUUGCUCGAUCCUCCCCUGAACCUGUCCGUGGCGCAGAAUCCUGGAUUGGUGCGCAUACCGCUGCAGAAUUCACCUAGGGCACAGAGCCCGGACUCGCAGGACUCGUCGCAUACUCAGAGUCCUGGCUUGCUGGCCGUUCCUCCGCAGGAUCCGUCCAUGACGAGGAGUCCCUUGAUGGGCUCCCCCUUGCAGAAUUCAUCUCCGGAACGGAACCCAAGCCCACAGGACCCCUCUUCGACGCAAGGUCCUUGCUGGAUGCCGACUUCUCCGCAGGGCUCGCCCCGGGCCCCGUGGCCUGGAUCGCUCCCUGGACAUCUACAAAAGCCCCUUCAGGUGCAGCCUCCCGGAUUGCCGAUAGAUUCCUCGAUGAACUCGCCUGAGCCUCCUAACGCCAACUCGCCGCAUGCAUCUCCGAUGGAAGUUGUCCAGACCAACGAUCAAGUGCUUUACGUGUUCGAAAAACUGGAGAGCAUGACGGACUUGCUUCAGCUCACCUUGGAGCUGUUAAAUAAAUUCGAGUACACGUGGGACACCAUUCCACUGAUGUAUCUGAUCCUGAAGAGCGUGAUGGGCGACAGGGAGAAGGCCUCGCGGCUGAUACGCGAAGUCAACGACGAGAUCAGGAAGAUCUACAAUUACCACUGCAACAGGAUUUCGGAAAACAUGCCCAGCCCGGGAAACGAGGCCAGCGUCUGCACCACCGAGGCGAUCGUCAACGGGUUCUCGCCAUACCAGUAUCCGUACUCUCAGUAACGCUUCAACGUGCAGGCCUCCCGCUCUUUAGAGAGAUUGCGAAGAUGGAUGUCAUUCCCGCAGAUGUUCGAAGUAGAUGAAGAUCAGAUGUCGGGAUGGGUGAAGACCUAGGUGAAGACCCUUGACAUAAACACCACGAGGCAACGAGAACAUCCGCGAACUCGCCUGAACAUCUUGGAAUAAGAAGACGUGAUAAAAUCUCCUCUCGAGUGCCUCUAAAAAUCAUAUCCCUGAUGACCAUUAUCAAUGCGAUAACGACUUUGGCAACGAAUCCGUACCAGGAGCUGAUUCCCUUGCUUGACACUAUUGCAAGGUCCGAGAUGAGUUUGCGGGAUGUCACAUCUUGUCUUGAUCUUGAAGACGUAUCGAGAGGGGGCACAGAGUCGAAGAUAAUUGAAGAAGCACCAGAAGCAGGCGGACUAUCUCUCGGUCUGCAUUUGUGGGAGAAUUCGUCAUGACUUAGGAACAUUUGAACGGCGACAUCUCUUGGUUUCGCGAACACGAAGAAUCUUCGUGACGUACCUCGUAGCUGCAAGACACCGCGUACCGAGAAAAACAUCCCUUGGACCUGAAGCCACGAUUUAGGAAGCCGAAGACCAUCCCUAGGUUCUUCGGCAGCGUCUCGUCAGAGGUCUUAUCAGCGACGCGUCCCUUUAAACGUGCAUCCUCCAGGAGGCAGGAGGAACGUUGGAUCAAGGAUGCGUUUCCAGGAGGCGAAGGGCAAACCGAAGAUCAGUUCGAGGACUUUAAUGAUGCCUUUCCAGGGGGCAGGGAACGGAUCACAGGUCCGGUUUCGGAACCUUAAUGAUGCGUCUCCGAGAAGCUACCAGCCAAACAUCUUCUGCCCUCCAGCCAAUGGUCCAGUCUUCGGAUGCUGAAGCGACACUUUGGUGCCCAGUGUUUGCACAGCCUGAGGAUCAUCCUCUUUGGACGACGCAUCUUUGAACGGUACACGCACUCGUCCUUAGCAGUUCGUUGAUCUUGGUCAGUCCUCGAUCCACCCUUUCGGGAUCGACGCGAGUUAGCGGUAAGGACGCACGGAGUGCUUAUCAAUUAAUCGGUAGCCGACUCAUCCGAUAGUAAAAAAAGCGCAGGAUUUACAGAUUUCGACAACCGCGUCUGGUACUUAUUGCUUCGAGUCCGCUCUAAAUCGCUUGCCGCGUCUUCUCGUAUCAUUGUCACGAUAAUACAAGCAUAUACCCGAAAGAUAAACGCUUUUGACCCGUGAUAUUGUCAUUCGAUCUACGUGCACGUCCCUUGAUGGCCACCGAGUACUUUGAAAGUGCCUCGUGUGUCCUUACCAUCGGGUUCUAAACUCGAUGCAUGUCCGCCGGGCGAACAUGAUUAAUUUUUUUUUUUGUUUUCGUGGUUUAUCUUCUCCUUUUUUAAAGUUUUGUUCUUUUAUAUAUAAAGAUAUAUACGUAUGGAUACCCUACGCGACAAAAACAAAUAUAUAUAUAUACGCAUACAUAUAUAUUUUCUCGAACUGUCUUGUAUGACUCGAGGAGUUUGCAUGCGAUCGUCGCGUUGUCUGUGCGAGCUCGCACACUUGGUUGAUGGGAAUCGAAGGCGGUGAAGAUAUACUUUGUCAGGUGAAAUGCGAUAUUCACACGAUUUUAGAUCGUUGAAUAUAUUUGCGGGAUAACCGCAUGGUGCCCACGGCGUAUCGAUGCGUGCGAUGCGGCUGUACGUUGCUAAACAUGGCCGCGCGAAUUUGCAUACCUACUUUUGAUGCCUUCGGGACUGGCGGGAAAUAAUUUCGAGUUUGAAUGUUGAACAGCCGAUUAUGCAUCCGCAAAUUCCGCGAAACUGGUAUUAACGUGGUUUAGCGACUUUCCAUGAAUUUUUAACUCGAGACGGUGAUUUUGAGAAUUUUUAUGCGCAUCGUAGAUUUAGAGCGCGUUAAGGGUCCGUGGAAUUUCGAGAUGGCGGAUGUAAGUCUCCUUUCUGGUCGAAAGAAAAAAAUAAUAAAAAGAAGAUAUUCCUUCCGGUAUCACCCGCCUCUCGUUUGACGCUGGCUCUCGAACGCUGCGUUUCCUUUUAUCAAUACUUCGCUUUUAUCAAAGGCCGCGCCGUAUCUUCCAGUUGCGAUCGCUGAUUUUACGGCAGCGAAAGACCCAACGUUUGUUUUUCUUUUUUUUCCCCUCCUUUUUUAAACGCAAUAAAAAGUUAAUUUCCCUUUGCAAACGCGACUUCAGGCGGACGAUGUGAAGUUACGCGGACAAUGCGUCGGAUAUGUUGAAGGCCAGCGGCUUGAACGAUGUAGAGGCUAAAACGCGAAGAAACGAGUCUAUGGUUGCGAAUUCAUUUGAUCUAUAGAAGGUAUUAGAGAAGUAAAGUCAGGAGCGCCGAGAAAUAGGCGCCAGGUCCAUUUUUCAUUUAUCGACUUUUUCGCUGGGUUCUUCUACAGACGGAGCACGGAAGCGUACCUCAUUCCGCUUAUGAUAUACGUACGGACUCGCAUGCGCAUCUUUGUGCGUUCAUAUAUGUGUAGAUCCUAGCAUCAGCAUGCUUGUUUGUCUAUAUACGUGUGGUCGGCGAGCACUUGAAACGCGCAAGAGGAGGUAACGACCGAGAGAUGUCGAAGGAUCCACUUUGCGCCUAAAAAACAUUUCUAUCCCAUGGACCAACACCUCACGCCAUAGAAAAAUCUCUCAUCGGGCCAAGUGAGCCUGGGUAAAACGUCAAGAUGUUUAAACACUCCAGAUUUUCGAGUCUUGUCAAAAUUUCGCUUGAACCGACAAACGCGAGUACAAAUAAUUCUUAGAGUUAACAAAAUAUCUCUUCGGUCGAAUGCAUUUUUUUUUUUCAUUUAAAAAAUCUCGGAACGUCCUCUAUUUUUAAUUCCAGCUUAAGAUUAAUAUUCUGCAGCCUCCUGAAGUGUCCCUCGACAUCCUCGAUCGUGAGAUCCGCGAUCGUAGGCGCUCGAUCUCGCGGAAGCGGCCACGUCCUAAACUUACGUAUCGUCGCCAUAUAUUUUUAAAGUUGUAACUCCUAAUCUUAUCGUAAUAUAUGUAUCGUCUAUGUAUGCGGUAAAAGUGCGCCUAUGGGGAAGGGUCGUUCGCGUGCUUGCGCAAGUUCAGGUUCCGUUCGGGACUCGGAAUGAAAUCCGGCGAUUGCGAUUUAUACCUUCAGCAAGGACGAUCCUGGACAUGAAGUAUGUCCCCGGUAUCGGUCGAGGACUCGCUGCGAACUUUCCUCCUCGAACGACUCGCUGCGAAUUUCCCUCCUAAAACAAAUUCGCACCUCGCCAUCGCGCGCUCGCUUAAUCGAUCUUAAGCCCAAGCCCGAACGGUCUCCGAGAGUUGACCGUUUCUAGUUAUUUAUUCGGCUACACUUAGAGUCCGACGCGUCGAAGUAUGCAAGUCAGACUUUGCGAUGUCCGACGUCCAUCGGCGCAUUUUGCGAGAGAAGUGCGCGCCCAAGCCGUGAAGUAUGCACGUAAGCCCGGCUAUACAGCGCGCACCGUUUCAGUGUACUUAGCGUAUCCUAACCGUUAAAUUAUAAUAAAUACAAUCAUGAUGUAUAACGUAAAAA